CCUCCUCUCCUCCUCCAAACGCCACAAUUUGCUUUGUGAUCACCUUAAUCGUGUAUCGCAGUGCCCUUUUCAUGAUAAAGAUUGCCGUGGCUUUGUCUGAUCCUGCUGAUUCACAAUAUUUAUUUUGUGUAUAUCUCUACUUAGUUUUCUCGCUAGAUUGGUGGGAAGCGAUUCGACAAUGGUAUAUUGGGAAGAUUAGACAAUAGGUUUUUAAAGAUUGGUUUCAAAAGAUGGAAGUUUUAUAUCUGCAACUUUUCCAAGAAAUAGUGAGACAUCUAUGCAAUGAGGCUUGAAUGAAUUGGAUAUUGGUUUAAUAUUACCGGUUGGCAGGAGAGAAACUAGGCUUUAGGUAGAGCAUUCGAGGAUAUUGAAGCUUCUCUCAGUGAACUGCACUCGUUUGAGGGUGCGAGGCGUUUGCAGCAACGUGUUUGUGGCCCGACAGUUGCUUUAAGUUUCAAUUUCUUGGUUUCUGUUGGCAUUAUCAUGAUGAACAAAUUGGUGCUUGGGAAAGUAGGGUUUAACUACCCCAUCUUUCUCACCUUUAUCCAUUACUCUUUGAGCUGGUUAUUAAUGGCUAUCUUGAAGGCAUUCUUCCUCCUUCCAGCCUCACCUCCUUCCAAGUCAACUCCAUUCUCUUCCCUGUUGGCUCUUGGCAUUGUGAUGUCCCUUUCUAGUGGCCUUGCUAAUGUCAGCUUGAAAUGCAACAGUGUGGGAUUCUAUCAGAUGGCUAAAAUUGCAGUGACACCAACAAUUGUUCUAGCUGAAUUCAUGUUCUUCAGAAAGACAGUCUCCUAUCAGAAGGUGCUGGCUUUAACUAUAGUGUCUGCUGGUGUUGCUGUUGCAACAGUUACAGACCUUGAAUUCAACUUAUUUGGUGCUUGCAUAGCGUUAGCAUGGAUAAUACCUAGUGCUGUUAAUAAGAUUCUAUGGUCAAAUCUACAGCAGCAGCAUAAUUGGACUGCCCUGGCAUUAAUGUGGAAGACCACACCAGUCACACUCUUCUUUCUGGUUGGAUUGAUGCCUUGGCUUGACCCACCCGGUGCUCUUUCGUUUCGAUGGAAUUCGACCAAUUCGUCUGCUAUUUUCAUGUCAGCUGUCCUUGGAUUCCUGCUUCAGUGGUCUGGUGCUUUGGCUCUUGGGGCAACAUCUGCAACUUCCCAUGUCGUUCUUGGACAGUUCAAAACAUGUGUCAUCCUUCUUGGAGGAUUCCUUCUUUUUGAUUCUAAUCCAGGAAUCUCUAGCAUCUGUGGAGCUGUCACAGCUCUGGGAGGGAUGUCAUUGUACACAUACCUCAACCUAUCGACCUCUCAUAAACAAGGAGCCAAGCCAGCAAAAUGAGCAUUUCCUCCUGCAAAAUUUGGACUUAGCAAGGGAAGUAUCAAUUUCCACGGUGGAGAUAGUACCAGUGAAGCAGUCUAAGAAGCUGAAGACUCAUUUUCAACAUUUGGAGUCUCUGAUUGGGGAUAAUAUAGAGUAAAAAAGAUUGAGCAUAUCAAGUGAGCAGGUCAUACUCAUUAGGAAUCAUCAACUUUUAGUCUCAGAAUACUUUUGUGCAACUGUAUAGAUUUUCUUCAAUAACUCAGGAGAUACUAAACAUGAUAUAGUAAAGAUGCAAAUGUAAUCCAUUUCAUUUACUCUGUUCCCUAUUUUUCAACAGAUGUACAUAUAACAGGAAAACUCUUAUCUUUAUAUAUUAGUUGAGACUCUUAGAAUU